AUGUCCUCAUUGUUGCAAAAAUGCCUGGUCAGGAACCGAUAUAGUCUAAAAUCCCAAUUGCGACUAUCUCUUCCACCUAUUAGAACAUUAAGAAAUGCACCAAAAUUCGAUGAAUUCGAACUAUAUGGUAAAAAACUAAACAACACUGAAUAUCAUCCCCAAAAACCAGAGAAUGAAUCUCCUGAUGAACCUUUUGAUUGGGGUGUUUUACAGGAUAAGAAGGGUGGUACUAGUGAAAUGGAACGGAUGGAUCGAAUCAUCAAGAUGAAAAAAUUGGGUGGGAUGGCUCAGGGACUUCUUAUUGUUAUUGGAUUGGGUGUUUGUUUGAAUAUCUAUCUUAAGUGGGCUAAUGUAGAGAAUUGGUGGUUAAAAACUUUUAAUCGUGACUUGAAGAUUGACGAGAAGAAGUUGUCCUUUGACAAAACAGGAAAGGCAGAGGGUAAAGCAAUAAAAUUGCCUGUGAUUGAUAAAGAAGAAUUGAAAUUUGAUGUACCUGGGUUAUAUUUUUGGGGCGGUGGGAAGAAAGUUAAAUUUCCCAGACGAGUUACGCAGUUUGAUAAUUUGAAGCUAAGAGACGUUUGUCUUGUCGAUGAUCAAUAUAAUUUUGCCGUUGAUGACAGGGGAAACCUAAUAGAAUGGAAUCUCAAAGAUAACAAAUUCAAUAUUAUAUUAAAAGAACAAGAUUUGCAAAAAGUGAAAGAAUCUAAUGGUUGCUUGUAUGGAUUAAAUAAAAAGGGUGAGGUGCUUAUAAUUCCAUAUAGAGAUGGAGAUUUGGAUAACCGACUUGAACGGUAUUUGGCUCUACCAGGCAAACUAGAAUCCAUGAUUACUCCUUGGAAACGUGGUCCACGAUAUGGUCUCAAGAUAAUGACAGAUGGAUUGUUCGACCCCUCCAUUAGAGAGAACAAGAUUGUUGAUUUUGAUGUUGGUUUAGAACACAUGCUGCUACUAUCGAAUCAGGGAAAAGUAUACUCAUGUUCUACUGGAUGGAAAGAAAAUAAUGAACUCAGGAAGUCAAGAGGACAGUUUGGUGUCCCUUCAUUGUCCCAGUUUGAUAAAUUUCCUGAGUUAAAUCGGUUAUACGAAAUUAAAUUCUUACAGGGGAAUACUGAUAACCAGAAAAUUAUAAAGAAAAUCUCAUGUGGUGGGUUUCACAACUUAGUAUUAGACUCUAACAAUGAAUGCCAUUCAUUUGGUUGGAAUAGAUUUGGUCAGUUGGGUUUCCCCAUUACCUACAUGAUGGAAGAAAUUUCAUACCCGAAAUUGAUUCCUAUGGUUAGCUUUGGACAAUUUUAUCCAUCUAAUGAGAAUAUUGAAUUGAGAAUAGUUGACAUUGAUUGUAAUGAAGAGACUUCAUUUUUCACCGUGGAGGUUUCUACCGCAAAUAAUCGUAAGGAUGUCAAGAGAAGUUAUGAUUAUUUUAGUAUGGGUAAUGGUAUUUAUGGUGAAUUAGGUAACGGGAGCGUGAAAAAUUCCCAGUGGGAACCUACCAUGUUAAAGUUAGCAAGAACGGAUACAAAUGACAACAUAAAUGAAUGGAUAUGCAAUGGAAAAUCUCAUCACUUGUUGAUGAAAUCUAAUGAUGGUAACAUAUUAAGUUGGGGAUUGAAUGAUAAUGGGCAAUUAGGAAACGGUAAGGAAAAGAUAAAGGGAAUUAAACCAGCAUACAUGCCACGAAUUCUUGAAUGCGGUGAUAAAAGCUUUGAGGAAUUAAGUGGUACCAAGUUAAAAUUAGCCGAUAACAGUCAACAGAAAUUGGCCAUUGGUAAAGAUAGUUGUUGUUUAUAUUGGAGUUCUUACAAACAAGUUUGA